UUUAGUAAUUAUGUGACGUCAUACUCCGGGAAAUUGCAGUAUGUACACAAUGGACCCUCGAGGAAGUUAGUAAGAGACUAUUUUAACGGAAAAUAUAUGCUGAAAGACAACUUAAGUCAUUGUAAAGUUCGCUUGUGGAUUAGCGUUUAUAUUUUCCAAAACCACUGUUAGGAAGAGGAAGAUGACAGAAUAGGGGAAUGACGAACUGACGGAACCUGCACACCAGAACAGACUAAACCACCGAGGGAACUGUGACUGACUGACAGCGAGGCAGACAAAGAAGAGGAAGAAUGCCGAGAAGAAAACAGUCGAAUCCACAGCCCGUCAAAUUAGAUGGGGUGGAAUGUGAUCCAGGAUGCCUGGUCCUGGACAGUGAUUUCCUCCUGAGUGCAGAGCUCUGUGAGCUUGGAGACACAGAGAUCAUGGGACUGGACAGAGACACAGGAAUGGCUGUGUUCUCCCUGAGUAAUGACGGAUCCAGCCUUCCAGCUCCAGAUGACUCCGCCUUCCCAGCGUUCCUCUCUUGUAAGGGGUGCGGCCAACUGAUGGCGACCGACCUCGACCUGGGGGCGGGCUUAGACUUGGGGGCAGGUCUCUACUGCCUGACCUGCGAAGAGGGCGUACAGUCAGAGUCUCACACUGCCGUGGAGGACACCUCGCAGGGAGAGGAGUCAACCCCAGCUGUCCAAUCCCGUUCCAGAAAGGACAGGAAGAGGAAGAGGAAUAAGGCGGGAACUGAAGAAGGUUCUACAAAGCUGUACAUGUGUUCUCUGUGCAGUUUCUCCUCACGCUACUCCAACCAUCUGAAACGCCACAUGAGGACCCACGACGGAGAGAAGCCGUACCGCUGCCCUCACUGCCCCUACGCCUCCACGCAGAGGGUCAACCUGCAGCGACACACACGCACACACACCGGGGAGAAACCCUACCUGUGCAGCUCCUGCAGCUAUGCCUGCAGUUCCCUGGGAAACCUGCGGAGGCACCAGCGCUCGCACAGCCAGGAGCCGCGGGCACGGCCGCAACGAACGCAUGCGCUGAAGAGAUGCAGCCGACGGAAACAUGCACAAGCAGAUACUGGUGAAGAGGCUGUGGUGUCUGACCUGACCGUGUGUGUGAGGGAGGACUCUGACUUCCUCCAAACCCUAGGGGGGCUAGCCUCUCCCUCCUCCCCCCUCCUCCCCCUCUCCCUCCCCAGGCUGCCCCCCUCUGCCCCGCUCCCGGACCUCCUCUUUCCCCUAUGCUGUCGCUCUUGUGGCCUCACCCUCGAGGGUGAGGGAGAGGAGGGGGAGGGAGGAGAGGAGGGGGAGGGAGGGGGGCAGGUGUGUAGCCGGUGCUCUGAGUCCGUUCCCUGUAAAGCUCCUGGGUCACCAAGCCCCACUGACACUGAUAAACCCAGCGACAGGGUGUCCCAACCGCCUCGCCAAGGAAACAGUAAGCUGUACCGCUGCUCCCUCUGCCCUUUCCUCUCCCUCUACCCCAACCACCUGGCCCGCCACGCCCACACCCACAGCGGGGAGAAACCCCACCGCUGCCCUCAGUGCCCAUAUGCCUCAGCCCAUUUGGACAACCUGAAGCGCCACCUCCGCGUCCACACCGGGGAGAAGCCCUAUCGCUGCCCACAGUGCUCGUACGCAUGUGGGAACCUGGCGAACCUGAGGCGACAUGAGAGGAUCCACUCUGGGGCCAAGCCGUUCCAGUGCACUGUGUGUGGCUACAGCUGCAACCAGAGUAUGAACCUGAAGAGACACAUGCUGAGGCACAGCGGGGAGAAACCGUACGGCUGUGCUGAGUGUGGGUACACCACAGGACACUGGGAUAACUACAAACGACACCAGAGGAAACAUGGACACAACACAGACAGCUGGGACAAACACACACACCAGGACACUAGCACAGCUCACAGACACGACUGGAAAACACAGCAGACUGCCACACACACAACACUUACAAAACAGACACACCACAAUGCACCUCAUACCAACACUGGCUGACACACACCACAUACUAACACUGACACACGUCGCUGUAUGUUAAUUGUCUAAAUGAUGGUGGAACACACAUUUACGUGUGUGUGUGUGUGUGUGUGUGUGUUCCACGGUUGACCCCAAAUCCUCUGCUCUCAGGCCUCAGAGGGGCGGGUCUUAUCUCAGGAGCCUUUAGAGGCAGAGCUACACAAACUGCUUAACUGGAGCAAUGCACUGACUUACCUACAGUAGGGCAUUAAGGGAGUGGAUUAAAGAUUGACAUGGUUUUUCAAGUUGUUUUAAUUCAGUGGCUGCAAUGUCUACAACAAUGUUUUUAAAUUGUGGUUUUACAUGUGUGUGACUUAUUUUUUGUAAUCUGCAAUGAACUAACCUAAUUGUGAAACAGAAAGCAUUUAUAUUUUGCAACAGAUUGAUAUAUUUUUGCGUUUUUGUUGAUUUGAACUAUUCCCGAACACGAUACUGUGUUCUCAUUGGCUGAAGCCUGAACAGGUGUAAUCAUUAAUGCACAAUAUAGACGAGCUGCAAGACAAAAAAAACUAUUGGAGAAAUUCAGGUAGCUUCCGACUUACUGAUUCCUGUUGCUUCUGUCUGUUUCUGUUUUGGUUUUUGAUGAAAACACCCCUGCUAAGGGGUAAGCCUACUCUGAGAAUACAGAAGAUCAAGGUGACAUAGGACUUCAAGAAUCUCAAUCCAACUCGCAUCUCAGUAUUUACACAGUAGCUGUUUUUCCCAUGGUCUAAUUUAACUACCAGACAGGUCUUGGUUACUGUGUAAAACCUCCUACCUAUGACUCUAACUAGUCUGCUUUAUAUUUUCAGAUUGAGAGGUCUGUGAGGUACAUGAUGUAAAUAAAGCCACUGUAAACAUUUGAUGUGGCAGUUUGAAUGAAGCCAGCCUUUCUCUUGUCUGUCUGUACACUGUGCCUUACACAUCCCUCAAAAAUAUUGAAAUAAAAAUGUUUUAGCCAAUA